CAGCUAAACGGUGAUCAAACAAAAGAAACGUCCAAUAAAACGAACACUCAACUUGGCUAACAUCCCGAGAGGCAGCUUGGAGAGGUCCGCACCCCACCUCGCUCUUUCACUUUCUGCUUUUCCUCGGUACUUUUCAAGGUGCUCUGUUUAGGAACCAUGGACAGUAAAUUGAAUAUUCCUCUUCAUGGGGCUUCACUUCACAUUGUGACACAAUGUAGAUCUGCUCUGAGUGAUGUCCUUCAAAGCAAAUUUGGAUGUGUGGUCACCAUCGAUGGUGUGGAGUUUGAAGGAGAUGUGAGCAUUGCACAGAAGAAAAGGCCAGAGAAAAGGUUUGCUGUUGUACUGCAUACAGGUGUUCAGGUGUCUGUGUGUAAGGAUGAUCUCACCAAUUUGGAUGUGGAUGCUGUUGUGAAUGCUGCUAAUGACCGUCUUCAGCAUAUUGGCGGCCUUGCUCUUGCUCUGUCCAACGCCGGUGGUCCAAAAAUCCAAAAAGAGAGUGAUCAUUACAUCAACAUGCACGGCCCCUUGCACACAGGAGAUGCAAUUAUCAGUGAUGCUGGGUCAUUACCAUGCAAGAAGAUUAUUCAUGCUGUGGGCCCACAACUACCUUACAAUCCCAUGAUGUCUGACGUUUCUAGGGCUGAAGUGCACUUGGAGAAGGCCAUCAGGAAUAUUCUUGACAGAGUUAAGGAAAACCGUCUGAACACUGUUGCCAUUCCUGCUAUAAGCUCGGGGCUGUUCAACUACCCCCUGCGAGAAUGUGCACUCACCAUAGUGGCAACUGUGAAACGCUACUAUGCAAAGUCUUCAGGACAUCUUCCUAAAGAGAUCCUGCUUGUGAACAAUGACGAGCCUACGGUCAGGGAAAUGGAGAGGGCCUGCCAUCAGAUAUUAGCCCCCUACCUGCCCCCCACAUACAGUCAGGCAGCAGCAGCAAGCAAAAGCAGAGGUGAUGCCAGAACCUCAACACUUACUGUCGAGAUUGGAAAUGUCCAUCUGACACUGAAGAAGGGUAGAAUUGAGGAGCAGCAGACAGAUGUCAUCGUAAACACAGCGUACAACCGAAACCUGAGCAGUGGUCAGAUCUCCAAAGCUCUAUUGCAGAAAGCUGGUCAUGGAAUGCAAACAGAAAUUGAUCGUGCUUCUAUGACUCGCAGUGUCAUCAUCACAAAACCCUACAUGCUGCAGUGUAAACAGGUGUAUCACACUUUUUGCAUUGAAAAGGGGAGAGAUACAGCGCAGCAGAUUCUUUACACAUCAAUAUCGGAUUGCUUAUGGUUGGCAUUCACAAAUAACCACAAGUCAAUCUCCUUUCCUGCCAUCGGCACGGGAGGCCUCGGGUUCGAUAAAAAAGAUGUUGCCCAGAUCAUGUCCAGUGCUGUGGUCAACUUCGCCCAAAACGUCUCACUGAAGAUAGAAGUUUAUUUUGUUAUAUUUCCUACGGACAAGGACAUAUUUAAGGCUUUUGAGGAACAAAUGAGAUAUCUCCAGCAAACAGCAUCUCAUCCCAACUUUACACUUGCACGUGAGCACAGAGACGACAGCCAUGGCAGCAGAGCUCCCACUCCACAGAUCAGCCUGAGCAGCCUCUCUAAUGAAGCAAUACGCGAGGCUGAGCGGUGGCUCCAAGAUCUUCUCUUCUCCUCUGGCUCUGUCGUUAUCUGCAACAACUUCAUCCAGCACUUCGGCGAGCAAGAACAUCUGCAGCUAGCCCGUCUAAUCGAAAAGGGCGUUUCCAUUGAGGAGUUUUUUGUGGACGGUCAUGCAAGCAUAACUCUAAAAGGGGAUUCAUAUGAAGAUGUUGCAGUUGCUGGGUUGCAGGUGGAGGCCAUGCUUUGCAACAUCCAGAGGGAGUUUGUCAAAGAGGAAGAGCGGGACAUGCUUCUAAUGGCGAGUGAGAAUGUGUCCUUUGAAAGAAAGACAGUUGACUCAGGCCCAGAGUACUCUGAGAUAGUAUCUGCCUUCAAAAAAGAGCGGCUGCGGAUAUUGAAGGUGGACAAAGUGGAGAACCCUUGCCUGAAGUAUGUCUUUGGCCUCAAGCAAAAACAGCUAUGCUGCUCCACUCCUCCUCGAAAAAUGUUUCAACGCAUACCUGUGCAGUUCUGCGAGAUGGUUUGCCAAAUUGGAUUCCACGCAGAGUUUGCACCUCCUGAACGCCCAGCAUAUGGAGAGGGCAUCUACUUUGCUGGCACAGUGAAAAAGGCCACUGCAGUGUGGGAGGUGCCAAACGAGGAGUAUCUGUACUUUGUGGAGGCCGAGGUGCUGACAGGAAAGUCCACCCCUGGUAAACCAGGCCUCAUUCUGCCUCCUGCUGUGGGGACAGACCCACAAAGUUUGUAUGACAGUGUGAGCGGAGGAGCUGAUAUCUCUGUCAUAUUUAGUGGUUAUCAAGCUCUGCCCAAGUACAUUAUCACCUGUAAGAAAGUGUGAAGAGUGAUUUCCUCAGGGUUCAUUGUGUUGCGUGGAACUAAAUGUAAGAUUGCUUCCAGUGCUACAGAAAACUAAACAAUAGUAAGUUCUUCUAAAUCAAGCUGAAAUGCACUCUUAAUGAAUCUAUGUACUAUUAGAAUAAAAUGGCUGUUUGCAUUACUCCUUCAAACCAUAUAUUGGAGACCAGUAGCACAGUAUUACAGUGCAAACACAGAUGUCAGGUUUGUUUUUCUUGAAGCUGAACAUUGAUUAAUUGCAGCUUGAGAAAGAUGUGUCUUUAGUUUUGAGUUUCUUAUUUUUUCAUUAUAAGUUUAUUUCUUUUUGGGUGAUUUUGGGUACCAAACAGCACAAUCAUUUGUAUAUCAAUCAAAUGUAAAAAUGCAAGAAUAUCAUACUUUUAAUAACAAUGGCAUGAGUCGUUUGUUUAGCAACAUAUUCUACCAGUGAUUGUAAACUAGUUUCAUUUAGUUUAGAGGAUAAUAUAAUAAUAUAAUAUAAUCCUUCAUAUAACAGGUGAUACGUUUUGGUCGGCAGGUAGGCGAUGUGCAUUACAGCACUACUACAAAUAUAGGAUUGUAACCGAAUUGUAAAAUGUUCAUGAAACGAUGACGAUGGAAAUUGAUGACAGUGGGACGGAGCACGAGUGCAGUGUGCCUGAUGCUGAUAUCAAAAUGAAACAAUGUAAAGAAAAGUUUGAUUCAUCGUAUACUUUUUUUCUUUUGACACCUAAUUGGAAGUCACCACCACUUCAGAGAAUAUCGAAACACAGACCAUGACUUUUAAUAAUUUAUAUUUGAAGAUCCUUUCAUGAAGCUCAAUGAAACCUGAUCAGCUACAUGGAUUUAAUGAAAUCCAAAACAAUUUACAUUUUACAAACAUACCGUAACAGUAAACAAAAUAAAUACAUGUAUAAACAAAGCUUUAAUACGGGACAUACAAAGACAUAAAAAGCGGUGCCUCAUAUUGUUGUUACAAUAACACAAAUUUUAGAAAUCCCAGUAUAUUGAGCAUGAAAGUUGUCAUGGAGACUUUAACAACAGGGUGGACCUUGAGAUUUGUUUUGCUGUUGGUCUAAACACAAAACUGUUGUUGAUGGAAAGUUUUCACUGUAUUUAGUAGUGCUCAAUAAAAUAGUAAAUGUCUCUCUUUGCAAAAUGUAAACAAGCAUUUGAGAUACAUUGGAGAAAUGUUCAAUCUUUAAUUUGUAACCAUGACUUUAUAAAUGCGUUUAGCUUAAAUUCUGUGUAACCACAGCAUCUGGCCUUUACAUAAAAAAAGAAACUAAUAAUUUGACAGCACAACAGAAUUCCACACAUCUCUGAAGACGACAGGGAGUCUGUUUGGAUAUCAGCAAGAGAUUUACUUCAGCUGUGUAUAUGAUUUAUUACUGGCAAUAACGUCACAUCUGAACGAUUGUCUAUGAAAUUGUUACAGCUUUUAUAUUAAAUUGUAGACAAUAGGAUGUACACCCUAGGAUGUUUUGACACAUCUACAGCAGUGUGCUAAAAGAUAAUUACAUAUUACUGUAAUAUCAACUGGCUGAACUAAUCAUACAAACAAGUCAACAUAGGACUAAACAAAGUUCACUCCUGAGCAGUGCACACUGAAUGAUGCUACUUUCAAGGAAUAAUCUUGUACCCUGUAUUUAAUCCUCCUACUGCGCAAUGUUGAAAAAUACAAGAAAGCGAGUAUGAAGAGCAGGGAGAGCAGGUUGAGUCUGGGGUUUACUGGGCCAGGUUAUUUGUAAGGUGGGUGGUUGUUUUCUACAAAAUGACAACAUGUACAGUACAUCUGUAAGAGAACACCAGCAGCUCAUGUUAACGACCGGAGGGCUAACCGAGCUCAGCUGAGUUAGAUAAAUAUGGCACAUCUGGCCUCCAAUGUUGAUAAUGUUACUGAAAUUGAUAGUAUUUAUAUCAAUAUAAAGUACCAGUUUACAACUCAAAACUGUUUUUCAGUGUGAAGUUAAAUAUUGAGACAGUAAAUCCCUUUUUGUGAUGCAGGUCCUGUCUUCAGCUCGUACUAUAUUAAUUACAGGACAACCUUUACAGUACCAGAAUAUGGCUAACAUACCCUCCAGAGCAUGGGACAUCCAAACGUAGGAGCGCAUACUGUAUUUUUGUCAGUUGGUCCCCGACUCAAACAGAGUCACAAGAGUCACACACACAAACCAGACCUCUGCUUUCAUAUGAAUGUAAACACACACACACACAGUCACUCUGUGCAUUCAGUUAUCUCUGUGCCAUCCACGAGCAGUGUGUGAAUGAUCCCGUCUCGUCUCUUCCCGCUGCUCACAGCCUUCACACAGCAGUUGUGGUCUCCGAGUGUGAAAUGUGUUUCUGUGCCAUCAUCCACAAACUCCCCCUGCAGGGGGCAAAUCAGACACAAGUGUGGACAAGAGAAAGCAAUCCUCAGCUCCAUAUUGUCAGCUCUGGAGCUGGUCUAUAUGCAGACAACUGUAGAACCACAGACUGUUUGAAGCUUUCAAUCCAUAGAAGUUUUAGUUUUGUAGUUUUGUAGUGCUGUGGUUUCUGACUUUAGGAGACAUGUAUUUUUAUUGCAUAAAAAAAAUCAGUAUCAGUUACUGUUAUACUCACUGCAGUCUCAAUAUUUUGUCCAUUACACCAAACAUCCAUGGUGUCUUUCUCUGAAAGAAAGAAAACAGACACUGAAACAUGCAACUGUUGGGCAAUAAAAGUGAUGUGACUGCCAGUUAACAGUUCCUAAACAAUUCGCAGUUUGUUUCUAAUGCUUGAAUGUUUGAGUUUAUCUGAUCACCUUGUGGCUUCCCAGAACAACAAUGACCCGAUUGGUGUCUGUUCUGUCCAUGCGAGCGGGAACAUAUUUACGGGGGGGGGGGUCACAUAUUAAUGUUUAUGAUGGUUUAUGAUGGACGAUAUUUAAACCUGCACCAAGCUCAGCUGCUGUUGUCACGGUCAAAACUGCAAAAACAUGCAUCAUGUUUCAGGUACUAUAGAUCCAUCCUGUCUGUCCUCAGAAUCAGCACCUGAUCAGUACUUUCUCUGUGCAGAGCGUUUGUUAUUAUCUCCUUACCUUUACAAGUCCAUAGUGGGUUAGUUUCUGCUCUGUGCUAACAAGAGAUUACGUGUCAACAAAAUGUACACCAGUGAAAAUUCUGAAUAAAUGCAUCUGGGGAUGCACAGAUACCAUGCA